AUGCAAGAGAAAGUAACGCUAAAGAAGGCGAUUGCCAUUAUGAAGUUGAGUCUGUUUGUUAUAUGGUUUUGGCCGCUACCAUUAGGCACUUCUAAAUACAAAAUUCUGUGCGUGAAGCUAUAUCAGUAUAUCUGUAUAUUAAUGACUAUAGGCGUAAUAUCGUCGGUAAUAUAUGGUCUUGUGAAAAAUAAGAAUACCAAUGAUCUCGAUGGUUUUAUGAGAUCAUUGUUCUCUUUGGUCACCUGUAGCCACGUUAUUGGCAACAUUCUGUGUCACCUAAUUAUUUAUCAACGAUUACAAUACGUUACUCUCGAAAUGGAGAAUUUUUGCGCAUUGAUCAAGCCUCACGAGGAAACGAUUGUUCAGCGGGAGUAUGUUGAUAAGUAUUCCAAUUUUUAUGGUUUCUGCAUAAGUUUAUUCUACAUGAGUCUCUUCGGCCUUUUUAUGGGACCUGUCAUGCUAGACCAGUCGCUUCCAACAGCUGCUGAUUUUCCAUUUGAUGCGUCUCAUCAACCGUUAAGGGCUAUUACGUAUAUGCAUCAGAUCAUAGUUGGUCUGUUCAUAUCUGCACAUUUAUGUGUUAACGCUUUUAUGGGGCUUUUGAUCUGGCUGGCUUCAGCGAGAUUUAAAUUGUUGACCGAAGAGUUACGAACAAUUACGAAUAUCUAUAAUUUCGCGAAAUGCAUCGAAAAGCAUCAAAAAUUAAUCGAGUAUGCGGGAGAGGUAGCCCUUACAGUUCGACCCUUUGCAAUGGUAACUGUACUUUUCUCUACUGUAGCAUUAAUAAUAUUUGGCCUUGUUUUUAUUGCAACUACGAAUGUAGCACAAGCAGCUUUUGAAACAGAUUGGUGUGUUGAAUCUGAAUAUCUUAGGAAAAACUUACAAAUGGUUAUACUGAGAAGCCAAAAGCCAAUACUAGUUGCAUUACCAUGCGGUUUGCCCUCGUUGUCCUUACGUUAUUAUGCAUCGUCGGUUACUUUCGAAAUGGAAAAUUUCUGUGAAUUACUUAAACCUUGCGAAGAAGCGAUCCUUCAACGAUAUAUCAAUAAAUGCGUCUAUUUCUAUGGUGGCUCUAUGUUUUGGAUAUAUCUAAGUGCCGUUUUCAUUAUGUCUGGACCUCUUACGCUAGAUCAACCGUUUCCAACAAAUGCUGAGUAUCCAUUCAAUGUUUAUCAUCAACCUUUAAGAUCUAUUAUCUUUAUACAGCAGACUAUAGCUUGCGUGCAAGGUGCUGCCCAGCUAUGUAUGAAUAUCUUUAUGGCGCUCUUAAUAUGGUUUACGUCGGCAAGACUUGAAAUACUCAUCGGAAAACUGCAAAGAAUCACAAACAUUUCUGAAUUAAAGAAAUGUAUUCAAGAACAUCAAAAUCUAUUAAAAUAUGCGGAAGAAGUGACCAUUUUAAUUCGCCCUAUAGCAUUAUCAACUGUGAGCUUCAGUACUAUCGCAUUAAUAAUAGUAGGCCUCAUUUUGUUGACCGAUCAGCCAUUGUCAAUGAAAAUCCAAUGCGUUGGUAUAAUGUUUAGUGGACUGUCAGUGGUAUUCAUGUAUACAUGGCCAGCCGAACAUUUGAUUCAUAUAAGUGAUGAAAUUGGACAGGCAGUCUUUGAUAUGGAAUGGUAUCAACAACCAGUCGCUCUAAGGAAGACUCUACAGAUAAUUAUGUUAAGGGCUCAAAAACCAGUAAUUAUCUCAGUACCAUGUGUUAUGCCCGCAUUAUCUUUAAAAUACUAUGCAUCGUAUUUGUCGACUAUAUUUUCCUAUUUCACAACGCUACGAGUAACCAUGCAAAAUGUUUGAGACAGAAUGAGCAAAAACAUGUGCUGCUGAUAAAAUUGGAAAAUAUGCAAGCAAUUAUAUUAAAUAGCUAAAAAUCAAUGUUUAUUUUAUUG